CGAAGAACAGAACACUCGACGGUGUAGUCUCUGUCUCUUUUAUUCAUUUCACCAUCAAUGAGACAAUAACAAGAACACACCUUUGUUUGUUCAAUCUAUAAACUUCAAUAUUCCUUCGCUUCUCCGUCAUGUCUUUCAUCCUCUUCGCCUCUCCUUUCUCCCUUCACAACUUCCUCUUCUUCUUCUUCACACCCAUCACCUAAAUACUCAUUCUUCUUCUUCUUCUUCACGGCUAUUACAUUCAUGCAAGGACCUUCAAACUCUGAAACAAGCCCAUGCUUCUCUCAUUGUCUCAAAAGGUUUCCUACCCAUCUCUGUUGCCUCAACUCUCAUGAGCUUCUACGCCCAGUUCCAUGACCUUCACAGCGUCGUUCGUGUAUUUAAUACCUUAGAAGAACCCCAUACUAUUGCAUGGAAUUUGAUCAUGAAGUCUCAUCUUGAUUCGGGUCUUUUUUAUUCGGCUUUGUUGUUAUAUAGAACAAUGAGACGUCUGGGUGUUGCCCAUGAUAGUUUCACGUUUCCAAUAGUAAACCAAGCUGUUUCAUCGCUUCAGAGUGAUGUAAUGUAUGGAGAGAUGGUCCAUUGUGUCUCAACGAAAAUGGGGUUUGGAUUUGAUGUUUAUUUUUGCAAUACCAUGAUUGAGGUUUAUUUGAAAUGUGGGUGUGUAGAUUAUGCCCGUAAACUGUUUGAUGCUAUGUCACAGAGAGAUUUGGUUUCUUGGACGUCAAUGAUUUCAGGGUAUGUUGGUGAGGGAAGUGUUGGUAGUGCUUUCAUUUUGUUCCAGGAAAUGAUGGUAAAGUCUGAACCCAAUUCAGUGACUUUGAUGGCAAUGUUGCAGGCUUGUUGUGCCAUUGAAAGUUUGAUCCAUGGUAUGCAACUUCAUGGUUAUGCAAUCAAGAGUGGGUUAUCAAUAGAUGGGUCAGUACAAAAUUCAGUUUUAAAAAUGUAUACUAGGACAGGUAGUGUUGAAGAAGUCAAAAUCUUUUUCAGCAAGAUUGACAGAAAGGAUGAGGUUUCCUGGAAUAUUCUGAUUUCCUAUUAUGCCAUGGAAGGGGAUAUUGAAAAGUUAGUGAAUAUUUUUAUUGAAAUGCGGGGUAGUGCUGCAAUCAGCAUUGAGACUUUAACAUUACUUAUAUCAGCAUUUGCGAAGUGUAGAGAUCUUUUUCAAGGAGAAAAGAUACAUUGUUUAACCAUUAAAACUGGUUUUUGUGAUGAAAUUUUGCUUACUUGUUUGUUAGACUUUUAUGCAAAGUGUGGGGAAAUAGAGAUAUCAGCUCAGUUGUAUAGAGAAAUUCCAAAUAGAAACAUUGUUACGUUUGGUGCUAUGAUGUCGGGAUUCAUACAAAAUGGAUAUAUUAAGGAUGCCAUAAAUUUGUUCCAUCAAAUGCAAGCUGCAAAUUUUGAGCCUGGGGCUGAGAUUUUGAGAAGCAUUCUUGAUGCAUAUACUUAUCUGGGAGCACUGCAAUUGGGUAAGGCAAUCCAUGGCUUCAUUAUAAGAAAUUUGUCUUACAGAUCUAUGGAGGAAACCACACACAUGGAAACCUCCAUCUUAAACAUGUACAUAAGAUGUGGAAAUAUUUCUUCUGCUAGAGCAUGUUUUCAUAAUAUAUUGGUCAAAGAUUUAGUAACCUGGACAACAAUGAUUGAAGGCUUUGGAAGCCAUGGGCUUGGUCUUGAAGCUCUAGAACUUUUUGGUCUAAUGCUGGGGGAAAGAAUAAAACCAAACUGUAUCACCUUCUUGAGCUUACUGUCUGCUUGUGGCCACUCUGGUCUUGUCAGAGAAGGGUGUGAAGUUUAUAAUUCAAUGAAAUGGAUAUAUGGUAUUCAACCUGAUUUGGAUCAUUACACUUGCAUGGUGGAUCUUUUGGGUCGAUAUGGAAAGCUUAAAGAGGCCUUAUCUAUAAUAGUGAAAAUGGUGAUUUUUCCUGAUAGUAGGAUAUGGGGUGCUCUUCUUGCGGCUUGUAGAAUUUAUGAAGACAUAAAACUUGGGGAAUAUACUGCACAAAGGCUUUUGGAAUUGGAACCUGGUAAUAUUGGGUAUCAUACUUUGUUGAGUAAUGUACAAGCAUGUGUUGGACAAUGGGAUGAAGUUGAAGAAGUAAGGAGAGUAAUGAAUGAAAAGGAUCUGAAGAAGAAACCAGGGUGGAGCUGCGUCGAGGCUAAUGGGAUGAUCCAUGGUUUUGUUUCUGCAGAUAGAACACACCAUCAAGUGGAGGAGAUUUACGAAAUUUUGGGGAGUUUAAGUAGGAUGAUGCUGGAAUUUGUAUAAUCUUCUUAGGCUAAAUUGAUCAAUUGAGUCUUGCAAUCUAAUGCCCAUGCAAAGACAUUAUCCUGGGCUAAUGAAAAAUGCUAGAGAGGAGUAGAAAGAAACUGGGGAUGAGGACCUUGCAGCAUGUUUUAAGAAGUUGAAGUGAAGUGAUGGGUUUAAAUUUGCGUGUCAAAUUGAGAACAAAGUUUGAGAAAUUUUCAGAAUUGGGCUGAUGAGCAGUCCAGAUUUGUUGGGGUCCUUGGAAGAGCACUGGGAAUGGCAUCGGAUGCUCGCAGCAGGCAAUUCUCUCUUUAAGGCACUUUAGAGAUCAAUUACCCCAAGAGCUGGUUGAUGCCUAUGAUAAGUUCCAAGAGCAAGUUGACUCAUAUUUGAGUCUGGUCCAAAAUAAAAAGGCAUUAAAGAAGGAAGAAAGGAGAGCAGAGGACAAAGAAGAAUGGAAUAUGCUAAGAGCAAGGUUGAGGAUUUGACAAGGUUGUGUGUGAAAGUUGAUGCACCAAUAGAACUUGCUAGUAAGGCGGUUAAGAUGACUGGUUUUACUUAGGCCAAUCAAUAUACUCAUUUCUCUUGAAGAUACUGAUAUUAUCAAGUGGUAUGCAGAUGUAGGGAGAAGAUGGCUAAUCUUCUGCUGCUGCUGUCACAACUUCAAGAUGGUCAAAACUGUUAUUGCAUGUUGAAACUAGCAGAGAAGUAUGAAUUUGACUAAAUGUGAAGCCAUCAAGUGUUAGACUAAAGAUUUGAAGGUCUCUGAUUUGAAUGGAUAUGAAGAAGUGCACAUCCCCACAGAAAGAGAGGUUAAAAUAAUGGAUGAUCAAAAUCUUUUGGAUUCAUGGCCUGUUGAUGGGGCUUUAUCUUUGGCUUUGAUCAGGUUGGCUGCUAUGAGCUUUCAUGUUCCUGUAUCACUCAUUUCUGUGACAGAAUGGAUACCCUUUUUCAUCGGGUGUUAUUACUGCAGAACCGUUUGAAUGGGAAUCCAUUGGGUAUAGUUGAGCCACUUUUGUUGUCUUCCAUAUCCUCCUUAGAAGAUACACCGGUUAUGGGAUUUAAAGGAGAAUUUUCCAAACCCUGAAUUUUAACCUUAGUACUUCCUUUGUGGCUUUAUUAAAAUAUAUUCCAACUAGAUUCUUUUGUUAAAGUUUCGUUAUAUUUUUGAAAAUGGAUAUGCAGUACUAUUCAUUGUUACAACGAAAUCCAUUACUUUGGAAUACAAGAAUAAU